GGUCAACAUCUCAGAAUGAACAGCUUAACUUUGACUGCUUGCCUACUUGUGACGCUCGGCGUUGCGUUCGCAAAUCCCGCUGUUCGGGAAAGCCGCCAUGCUGUUCCUAUUGGGAUGGUGGAUGGGAUGGUCUUGAUGGAUGACGACAUGGUCAACGACGACAGCCAUAUCCAAGAAACCGCUUUUAAUCCAAUCAUGAUCAACCCACGCAAUAUUGGAGCCAUGGCCCACAUUGCUUCUGACCAACAAACCGAAGAACAGCGUUACGGAUGGGGCGGCGGUCGUCCCUAUGGAGGUGGAUGGGGUGGCGGCUACGGUCGCCCCUACGGUGGCGGAUGGGGUGGCGGUUACGGCCGCCCCUACGGCGGUGGAUGGGGCCGUCCCUAUGGUGGCGGAUGGGGUCGUCCAUACUACGGCGGCCGUUGGUAGAGCGGGAAAAAAUUGUUGGCUAACGUGACAAGCUGCU